GAAGCUCCUCAGAUUAUCGGAGUUUAGAGAGUGGUGAAUUCUGUCCUCCAACUACAGCUCAUCAUGAAGCUCUCUAUUGUUGCCUCUGUGCUCUUGAGCGCUUGCGCGGCUCUUGCUGACGUCUGUGGUCAAUGGUUAGUUUCUCCUUCACUGCUCGGUUUCUUCUGCUAACGCUGCAUCAGGGAUUCUAUAAAUGCUUCCAGCAGCUAUAUUAUCUACAAUAACUUGUGGGGAAUGGGUUCUGCGACCUCCGGGUCUCAGUGCACAGGUCUUGACAGUGCUAGUGGGAAGAGUGUUGCAUGGCAUACCACCUGGUCGUGGGCUGGCGGCCAAUAGUAAGCUUAACAUGCUAUUUUGCGGUACAAUCUCCGGAACUGACGGCCUCUAGCAAAGUCAAGAGUUUUGCCAAUGCGAACCUUGUUUUCACCCCCAAGACCGUGGGGGAUAUCAGGUCUAUGAAGAGCACCAUGAAAUACUCGUAGUUUGUCCUUCCUCCCUUUAUGGAUCUUCAUUCUCAUCCGGCCUAGAUAUAACGGUAUAAACGGAGCUGUCACAAACGUUGCAUACGAUAUUUUCACUGCAUCGACCGCUGGGAGCAGUACCCCCGAAUAUGAAGUCAUGAUAUGGCUUGCAGCUUAUGGUGGUGCGGUAAGUACUUAAUCGAUUACUCUUCUUCCGCCAUUGCUCACUGAAGUAGGGCCCUAUCGGCUCUGAAAAUGGCCCCAUUGCUACUCCAACCAUUGCAGGAAGCCAAUGGAAACUUUAUGACGGAUACAAUGGCGCCAUGCACGUCUACUCGUUCAUGGCUGUUGACUCACCGCUCACUCGCUUCUCUUGUGAUGUCAAGCUUUUCUUGACAUAUCUAGUAGAUAACCAUGGAUUGCCUACUUCACAAUAUGUUAACAGUAAGUCACCAAGAGGGCUGCAAUUGGAGAGUAUGGGAUUCAUGCUGAUGCCUCUGCUACAGCAUUCCAAGCGGGAACUGAGCCAUUCACGGGAAGCGAUGCCGAACUUAUCGUUUCGGCAUUCUCUGCUGCUGUUGUUUAG